CGAUGCGAGGCUAUGGCUCCUUUUGUUUCUUGCAGAAUGGAUCUAACGCAGCGUUUGGUCUGGGAUGGGGAAGAAGGGGAUCCUGACGAUUCCUCCGAUCCGGCCGGCGACUCUGGGAAGCCCCCCAAGCCCGUGGGACGCUUGCACCUCUUGAGCAGCAAGUAUGGCCCCGAGAAAGACUUCUGGAUCUACCCUGGGGAGAAUGUCAUUGGCCGUUUGGAAAGCUGUCAGGUCUGCUUGCCCGCCGCUUCGGUUUCCAAAAACCACGCUGUGAUCGAGGUUCCUUCUUACAAGGGACCCCACCUGUUGUAUGACCAGGGAAGCCUGAACCGCACACGGCGGCAGCGCAUGGUGUUGACCCCACAUGUCCGAUACAGCCUUCAGGAUGGAGACGCCCUGCUCUUUGGGGAUGUGGGGUGCCAGUAUUUCAUGCUGGUCCCGGAAGGCGCCGAUGAGUCACUCGAUGAGUCCGAGGAGGUGCCACCCACGCAGAAGAUUGUGGACGUCGGUGCUUUGGCCAUUGAGGAGACGCCAGCACCGGGGAAGCGGAUGGCCUUUGUAGGAGUCCUGGUGCAGGAUUCCGACAAGGAGGAAGAUGGAGAGGAAUCAGUGAAUGGGGCAGGCAGGAGCCGACAUCUCCCAGCAAGUGAUGGGUCAGAUUCCUCUAUCAAAGAUGUUGCUAGAAGAUGCUCCUCUUUGGGUUCCUCUGUGUUCUUCUCUCCCUCUGCUACUGCCGUGCCUGAAAGUGAUGAAGAGAACGAGGAACCCUCUGCCAGCGAACCGCCUUGUCCAUCCCUGCGCCUGUUUCUCGAGAGCCAGGAUGGUAAACCAGGCCAAGAGGGGCAUCCCCUCCAGCCAAGAAUCACAGGGACGGGAGUGAAGUCGGGAGACUCAGCACCCCCAUCAGAGCUGAAUCUCGUCCGUUCCCACCAGGAACAGCGAUGCAGACGUGGAGGAUGCGCAGAGAGCGGGCAGCACGGGAAAGUGGGCUGGGACUUAGAGGUGGGCAGCGACACGGAUGAGGAGGAGCCGGCGGUGGGGGCUCCAGACACCGGCUGCCGGAAGAGCCACCAAACGGUGGGCAGCGCCACCGAUGUGGAGCCAGCAGAGAGCCCUGGGGUUGUGGGCUUGCAGGCGCGCCGACCAGUUGAAGAUGGAGACAGCGACACAGAUGCAGAGGAAAGACUGGAGAAUCCAAUUGCUGCAUCUCCGGAGGCCUGGAUCCUCCCUACAUUGCUCACAGGCCCCGUCCGUCAAGCUGCAAGCCUGUCGGGACAAGCGCGGGAGAGGUCUCGGUCGAGGGCUGCGCUGCCGGGUGACAGUCGCCCGGGCAACGGUGUAAGGGAUGGUGCUGAUGCCGUAGGGGAGAGAAAGGAGCCUGGCGCUGGACCCCAGAGGAGUCGUGAAGCUGCCAGUGGACAGUCCAGCGGUUUAGGUGGGAAGGAGCCCCUGGGGAAACCUGAGGUUGCAGGAAGUCAACACUUAGCUGCUCUCUCUGUUGACAGUGAUACAGAUGUGGAAGAGGAGGAGGAGGCUGGAAAUCCAGAUGUGGGCUCAAACAAGGACCACACAGCCACUGGCUCAGCGGAGGAUAUCUCCAGAACCGUUGAAGGAGAGGACGCCGACACAGAUGCGGAAGCGACGUCUCCAUCCCACAAGGAAUCUGUGGCUGAAGGCAGCGAUACGGACGUGGAGGGAGAGGCCGAACCGUUUCCCGGGAAGCCCUCGGAAGAGCAAGGCACGCAGCUGGUCCCCGUGAAACCCUGUCUGAAUGGGAAGACGUCUACUGGCUCCGCGGUGGAAGCAAGCGUCGGCCGAGAACCUUGCAAAGAGGAUGAAGAUACAGAUGCAGAAGGAGAGGAGCCCCACCCAGGAGACAGCAGCAACACUGAUGAGGAGCCUGACCUGGCUCUCCAGGACACUCAGUGUUUCUUGCCUGCAGAGACCUCCUAUCCCGUGGCUGCAAAGGAAAGAGAUCCAUCCCCAGCAGGUGCCAGCUGUGCUCUCAAAGAAGUGGCUGCAGAAGCGUUUGUCUUUCAGUCCCCCUCUGUGCCAUGCAGACUCUGGGCUGCGAAAGAGAGCGGCUGCUUUCUGAAUGAUGACAGCUCGGAUGCUUACACGAUGGAAGCCACUCAGCCAUUCUGCCAGGACCCCGGGCGGCUCUCGGAAGAUCCCACUCAGGACUUUCUUGGCAAAGAGGAGGAAGAUACAGAACUAAUCUUGCCGCGUUCGUCCGAGCAGGCGACGCAGAUGCCUGCAUCGCAGCCAGUAGGGGGCACUGCUGCCCAGCGGCAAAAGCAGGAAGAGGUAGCUCAGCUGAUCUGCGCAGCGCAGAUUCCCUCUGUUGGCAGGAGUCAACCCUCGACAUUGGCGAAAGAGGUCUCCGGGAGCCCGAAACAGGAGGUUGUGACAGCCCACGAAGGUGGAAGCACAGAAGCGAAGUUAGAGGCACAGAACGAGGCAGCUCCUGUUGACGUGGAGUCGGAAGACGGGAGCUCGGCUCCGGCAGGAGAAGCAGGGAAUUCUGAGCAGGUGCCGGAGGAGGCGGCGGCCUCUGUUGUUGUCCCGCGGAGGCGCGGUCUGCGGUCUGCCAGCAGUGCCGUUUCCCCAGCUCCCGUUCCAGAGCGACUGACCCGUAGCCGUGUGGGAUCUGCUGAUGCGGCCGAGUCCAGGGAACCGGCGGCUGUCACCAGGCGCCAGGGGCUGCGGCGGCGGAGGAAGCCGACCCGAGUUAUGGGAGAGCUGGAAGAGCAGCCGGAGAGAAGAGGGACCGAGCCCCGGCAAGAAGACCAAGAACAGGGAGCCGGCGGCCACCCCGCGUCAAGGCCGAGCCAGGGGCUCGCAGAGGAAAACAGGGGCCGCCAGCAGGCUUCAGGAAGGGCCACGACGACCGUAGACAGCCCUGGCCCCAGGGAGCGGGCAAGGCGAGGGAAACGGGGGACAGCGGUCGAGUCUGCGGAAGAACAGGAGGCCCCGCGCCCGAGGACCCGAGCAUCCAGCAGCCGGUCGAGCUGCUCUUCAGUGAGCGUGCCCAGCCCAAAGGAUUCUGGGAAAGAAGCCAAACCUGGGCAGGGGCCAACACAGUCCACUCCGACCUCGGGAAGGAGGUCACGGAAGCAGAGCACAGGGAGCAACCGGGGAACAAGAAGCCAGCCCCGGAGGCAGACCCAGGACUCGGGGGUCUUGGGCAAUCCUGUCCCAAAGGUGCUGUUCAUGGCAGGGACCGGCGAAGAAGGGGAGCACAUUGUGACGGAGCUGGGCGGCUCCUUGGCAGAGUCCGUCUUCGACUGCACCCACCUGGUGACGGACCGCAUCCGGCGUACGGUCAAGUUCCUGUGCGCGAUGGCGCGGGGCAUUCCCAUCGUGACCCUCAGCUGGCUGGAGAAGAGCCGGCAGAACUCCUUCUUCCUGGCCCCGAACAGCUUCCUCGUUUCCGACCCCGAGAAGGAGGACUUCCGGUUCAAGCUCUCCGCGUCGCUGCAGAAGGCCCGGCAAGAGGGAGGUGUGCUCCAGGGCUACGAGAUCCACGUUACGCCUAACGUCAACCUGGAGCUGGAGGACAUGAGGAACAUUGUGCAGUGUGGCGGCGGGAAGUUCUUACCCAGAAUGCCUCGCGCCUACAAGGACAAGUGCGUUGUGAUUUCGUGUCCCGAAGACCUGCCCCGCUGCAAAGCGGCUCAGGACGCCAAGCUCCCCAUCGCCAACGCAGAGUUCAUCCUGACAGGUAUAUUGCAGCAGAAGCUCGAUGUGGACGCCCACAGGCUGGACGGGAUGAGCGCCCCCUCCGUUGCCGCUCCCCCGACCAGGACGAGGAGGAAGAGGGCGGCUGCGGCGCCAGCAACCCCAGCCUUGCCCAGCAGAGCCAAGAGGCGGCAUUGAUACCG